AUUCUAGCGGAUGACAUGGGACUUGGUAAAACUAUUCAAACUAUUUCUUUGAUUGCUACCACACUGGAAGCAUCAAGACAAUUCAAACAUCAGGAUUCAGCAUCAGAUCUCAACCACGCAAACAAUCACCUACGUCCAUCUCACACCACUCUGUUGAUCUGUCCUACUAGUCUCAUGGAUAACUGGGAACAUGAAGUCGAAAAACACACUAAGAAAAACAGUUUGAAAAUUAUGCGCUGGCAUGGCAUAGACAGAGUCAAACUACCUCUACUGGUCAUUGAUGAAGCUCAUAUAAUCCGUAAUGAUACCAGCUCCCAUGCAGUCCUCACCUCUGUGGAAUCAGUCAACCGGCUCUGUCUCACUGGAACUCCACUCCAUAACCGAAUUGGAGACUUGCACAUGCUCUUCAAAUUUCUGCGCAUCAAGCCAUUUCACCAAGACUCUGUAUGGUACCUUCAAAUCACUCUGCCUGUUCAUCAAGGAAAUUUGGACACACUCAACCAGUUACUAAGAUACUUUAUGCUGAGGCGGACAAAAGCUAGCCACCUACGUGAUUUACCUCCAAUAUAUCAUGAGACCAUCUUAUUGGACAUGCAUCCUCAAGUGAAACAAGUAUAUCAG